GUUAGUGUUGCUGCCUCUGCGGCUUGGCUUACACACACAUAUACGUCCUCCAAUCUGAGCCGCUUUGAGCCACACCAUUUCAUCUGGUGCUAUCAGGGUUGAUGAGAGCCUCUUGUCUUUCUCGGUCGGCUGCAGCUGCUGUGUGAAACACAACAAUGUUGUUGCUAUAAGGAUUUUUCUGCUGGUGCUUUAUGAGUUGGCAAUCAGAUUUUCUUCACAUCUGAACAUCUUUGCUUGUGUAAUGGUAAGGUCAUGAUGACAUCCACAUGGAUGUUGGUGAUUGCCGUGCUGAUAGACUCUGCAAACGGAGCAGGAAGUCAGGGUGACAUCCAACCAUGUGCAAGGAUCCACACAUCAAGUUCGGUGGUAACUCUGGGUUCACCUGUCACAGCCACCUGUGUCAUCAGAGAAGACUGCCCUCUAGUUAUUGGACAAGCUGUUCAUAUUGAGUGGUGCCUUGGCAGUGAGCUUAUUCCCAGCAGCCUUGCAGCCAAUGAGAGCAACAGGGUUUCCAGUAUUGUUGUACCAAGCUUCAAUCGCACUGAGGCAGUACUUUUCUGCUGCAUCCAGAAUUGUUCUCAAGUUGUCACCGGAGUCGAGAUCCGAGCUGGAUAUCCACCAGAAAAGCCACAAAACCUGAGCUGUCAGACAAACUUCAGCUCCCCUAGUUCCUUGAACUGUGAAUGGGAGCCUGGGCAGUGGGAGACCCAUCUCCCUACAAAGUAUACCCUGCACACUGAAAUAAGAGACUUAAAUGAGAACUAUACAUAUGAACUGCCACCAGAAGUCCAUCACUAUUCGAUUCCUCGUAAUGAAUUUGUUCUGUACAGUGACAUCAAGAUCUACGUAAAGGCAGAGAAUGACCUGGGAAUGGCAACUUCAGGACCCUUAGUUUUUGAUCCUUUACAGGCAGCUAAGUUCGACCAACCCAGUAUUGAAAAGGUUGAUGUGGAGCCUGAAAGGUUAGGUUGCCUCAAGCUGAAGUGGAAAAUGUCCCAGCAGCAGAGUUGGAUUCUUCACAACCAACUAAGCCUUGAAGUCCGACUUAAGGCUGCUGACAGCGACCAAAUGAGUGACCCACCAAUUCUUGUAAGUCAAGUGAGACCAUCCAAAGCGGUCAUGGAAUGCUGUCGUCUCCUUCAUGGAGCUCGAUAUUUGGCCCAAAUUAGAGUCAGAUACUACAUGGAGGGCCCCUGGAGCGAGUGGAGCAGCAGUAAAUCCGGAGUCACCUUGGAGACCGCUCCAACUGGACGUUUAGACUCGUGGAUGAAGGUAUCAAGGAAUCACACAAGCAAAAACCUAUACAUACAGUUGUUCUGGAAGCCAUCAAAACGGUUCCGUGCAAAUGGCCAAAAUUUGACAUAUGUUGUCUUAAAACCAAAUCCUCGUGGUAAAAGAGAAAGAAUGUGCUCUACAAACGAGAAAUGGUGCGCUUUUCAACUUUCUGGAAGAGUAAGAAAAGUGUAUCUGAGCGCUGUGAAUAGUGUGGGGGAAUCUCCCCUCACUGAAAUUAGGAUUUACCAGCCUAAAGCUCACACGGCAAUCAUGGAUGUCACAGCUGUUCCUUAUGAUGACAGAUCAUUUCUGGUCCAGUGGACAGCUGAGGUGACUUUAGGUCUCACUGAUUAUGUGGUGGAAUGGAAACCUUUACUAAAACUAGACCUCAGCCACGUUCGUUUUGAAAUUGUGAAUAAAAACCAGUCUAGUCUCAUCAUAACCGGCAGCUUUGAGCCCUACAAGCCCUACGGGAUCUCUGUAUAUCCCCGGUUUAAGGAUGGGAUGGGGCCUCCUCAGACUGUUAAUGCCUACUUGAGACAAAAGGCUCCAUCAGCGGUUCCUAAAAUUCAAAUUAAAAAGACCUGGUGGUCAGAUAUAGAGGUUUCAUGGGAUGAAAUCCCGUUACAGCAAAGGAAUGGAUUUAUUAAGAGCUACCAAGUCUUCUACUGGGAAGAGAAUGGAUCUGUCAAAGUUGAGAGUGCCGAUGCAAAAGACAGGAGAGUGAUCCUGAAGCACCUCAACACUGCAUCUACAUAUGAAGCUUUCAUGAUGGUUAGCACAUUUGGUGGGAGCCUGAACGGAUCAACAAUUUAUGUUAAAAUGAACUCCUUUGAUGCUAUGACUGUUGUGAUCACUGUAACUGCAAUUGGAGUUGGACUGGCAUUGCUGAUCAUUUCCAUCAUCUGGACCUGCUUCUCCAAACACAAAAAGCUGAAUGGUUACAUGUGGCCAGUUGUUCCAGAUCCGGCUAACAGCAGCAUUAAAAGAUGGUCAUCAGAAUCAACACAGUUUACCCAUCCAUCCUGGGACAACGAGGAGCCAAAUCCAAUAUGCUUGUCCCAUCUCAGCUUCCUGGACCUUCCAACCAAACUUAGCAAAGAAGAGGAUGAUAUUUGGUUAAACAGCUCAGAAGACACCAGUGAUCUUGGCGAGUCGAUUUGUGGCUCACCGUUCACUCCUACAUACUCUGGUUCAAACAGCGAGUCUGUUCCUUAUGCGACUGUACUGUUGUCCUCUUGCAACGACCCAAUACCUGAUGAGCCUCAUGUCUACCUGCGCUCUGAAUCUACACAACCCCUCUUGGAAACUGAAGAGUCUUUCACUCCAAAAUGCUACCAGAAUGUUGUAAAUGAUAUGAUGCCAAAAGAGCAGUGUUUCUUUGGGUCCUGUGAUGAUGAUAUUCCUGAAGGAGAGGAAGGCCCAGCUAUUGUUUGGGAUGACUUUCCCUUUCUGUGUGCCUUGGCCAUGAAUGAGAGUGAAAAUAACUAAAGUUAACUUGCUGGUCAUUAGAGUAUGCUUGCUUUGAGUGUGUUUUUUUUGUUGUUUGUUUUGUUUUUUGUAAAUGAACCUACCCAGCAUUAUACCUCUGCACCAGCAGAUUAGAUUUAAAUCAUAAUUAUUUUGUUUUUGUGCUGCUUUUUACAUUUAUAGAAAUACACUUUUUUAAAUAUAUGUUUUAAUUUUCAUGAGGUGGUUAGAGGUCAAAUGAGCUAUAGUAUAUGUAGUAUAUAUAUAUA